ACUACAUAGUAUUAAAAUAACACAGUAUUAAAAAGAAAUGUUCUUUAUUGCUUGGGAAUGUUGGUCUUCAGCUUGAGCUGUUUUCUAAUGGAAAUUUAGCCCAAGAAAUCCUCUUUGAGAGAUUUCUAAAGAAACUGCAACAUGGGUCUAAUGGGUCUUCUCUUCAAGGUUGCAGUGGAGUGCUUUGAUGUUCUUGCAUGGCCUCUCUUUGCAUUGGGCUAUCCUUUAUAUGCUUCUGUUCAAGCAAUUGAGAGUAAUUCAAAGUCGGACACCCGGAAGCUGAUCACUUAUUGGGUCUGCUUUUCCUUGCUUUUGCUGCUUGAACAUGCUUUGGCCAAGCAACUAAACUGGUUGUCCUAUUGGCUUUACAUUAAGCUAACAAUUGUCGGCUGCUUGGUUGUACCUCGUUUUGAUGGAUCCUUUUAUGUCUAUAAACACAUUGUUCAUCCAUACCUUUCUAUGGAUCCACACGUUGUCCUCAACUGGUUCAUCAAGCUGAAGCAAUUCUUGAACCAAGAUAACCUUCUAGUCGAGGUGAAGAGUGAAUCAAAAGAAACUGCACCUGAUGCUUUGGUGAAUCUUGCUGGUUCUUUUACAGCUUUCAAGGGAAGACAAAUAGAACCUGACUUUGGUCUGUCAAGAAACAGACCAUCUGUGGAGAUCAAAGAAAUGACAUAUGCAACAAUAUCAGGUAGAGAUUUCGACAUACUACCUUCUAAGAAAGUUCAAAAGGAAUGGACUUGUGCUGUCUGUCAGAUCACAACUACAAGUGAGACAGACCUCAUUUUACAUCUUCAAGGAAGGCAACAUGAGAAUGCUUGUGAGAAGCUGAAUUCUAAGAACCAGGCAUCCAAUGCCAAGACUCCUGCUUCAGCGAAAACAAAUGUACUUCUGGAUAGUAAAGAAAUGGGAAUCUCAACCAUAGCAGGUAGUGAUACUCCUGACAAACAACAUCUGAAGGGUGUCCAAAAGAUGUUGAUUUGUUCUGUAUGUCAAGAAACAGCCACAAGUGUGACAGACUUUAUUUCUCAUCUUCGAGGAAACCGGCAUGUGGAUGCUUGUGGAAAGCCGAAAGCCAAGGAACAGACAUUGAAAAGCAAUGUCUCCCUUUCUUCCGCAUCAACUAAUUCACCUUCUGAUCCUGGUUGCAAUCUUCCUAACAUACUGCAAUCUAAUAGCACUCAAUCACCAUGGACUUGUGCUAUUUGUGAAGUAAUAACCACAAGGAAGAUGGACCUCAUUUCGCAUUUUCAGGGAAAGCGGCAUGAGGAUGCUCUAGAUAAGCUGAAAGUCAAGAUUGAGACAUCAAGAAGAAAUAUUUUCCCUGCUACAAUGGAAACAUCUGCUCCUCCAGAGAACAAAGGAAUGGCAGGUAGCAAUCAUCCUGAUGAACUACAUGGUAAGAAUUUUCAACAGCCUUGGACUUGUGGUAUUUGUGAGGUAACAGUCCAAGGCGAGGCAACCAUUCUUUCACAUCUUCAAGGAAGGCGACAUGUGAAUGCUUGUGAGAAGCUGAAAACCCCAGUACAGACACCGAAAAGGGCUAUUUCCCCUGUUUCAAUUGGAAAUCAAUCUAAUUAAUGGGAAGAGGCCGAGAAGUAUAUAUCAGGCAAUGUGUCUUCACCAAAAAGACUUGCAAGGAGAGGAAAGAAGAAUGGUAAGCAAGAGGACAUAAAGAGCAGAAUUAUUGAAAUUAGAAAUUCUCUCUGGUGGUGUACCCUUUGUGAUAUAAGCUGUAAUAGUGAGGGAGACAUGGAGUGUCACCUUAACGGUAGCAAGCACUUGGCUAGAACUCAAGAACUUGAUGGUGUUGGAGGCAGUUGGGAGGCUUGAGUUUGUUUCAUUUUACAGGACUGUAUGUAUACAUAUAUGGAUAUGGAUUUGUGGGAUUCUUCUAAAGAGUUUGACUAAUUAUAUAAAUCCAUAUCAAGUGUAAUUUAAUAA